AUGGCGUUCUCGUCAGUCUUCCAGAAUGAAGUGUUCCUUCUCAGCCCAACCCUCUCGCCCGACAUUCGAGACCGCUUAUAUCGAAUCAUCAUGGCGGGAGGCGGCACGGUCAUCAGCGACGCGUCACGCCACGCGUCGGCGAUCAUCGUGAAAGCUCACGGCAGCACGGACCAAUCGCAACCGCCAUCGCAUCCGUCGCAUUCGUCGCAUCGCGUGGUCUCGUCGCAUUGGGUGUUUAGGUCGCUUCAAGCCAAUCGCGCGGUCGACCCCUCCUCCCAUCUCGUUCUCCGUCCCCUCCCCUGCACAAUACCCCUCCCGGGAAUAAAAUCCUUCCAAUUCUGCGUCUCGAUGUACGGUGGCACGCGGCGCACCAACAUCCUCUGUCUCUGCGUCGCGCUCGGGGCAAACCCGACGGAGAAACUGGACCGUCGGAUCUCGCAUCUCGUCUGCUCCGUGGCGUCCGGGGAAAAGUACGAGCGCGCGAUGCAGUGGGGUAACGUGGCGGUGGUUACCGAGGAGUGGCUGCACGCGUGCGUGCGAGCCAAUGGGAUCGUGCCAACUGGACCGUUUCACCCUCCGCCGCUGAGUCUCAGCCAGCUGGAGGGGGGCCGGUUUCCCGUCACCCAGGGAGGCGCGCAGGCCGUGCGGAGGGGAGAGUCUGCGGGGACAGAGGAGGCUACGGGGAGGGGAGAAGCCGCGGGGAAGGGAGAGGCUGGGGGGGAGGGAGAGGGUGUGGGGAAGCGGAAGGCUGAGGGGAAGGUCUGGGGGAAGUUGGAGUUUCCGGGGCGAGGGGACACCGUGGGAGCUGGCGGAAUGUCACAUGGUGGGGAGUUCGCAGGGGCACGGGCUGCAGGGAACGUUGCAGGGGCACUAGGGGGAGUCUCAGGGGUAGCAAGGGUAGGAGAGGCGUUAGAGGGAGGAGAUGUUGUGAGAGCAGCUGCGACAGCGGCUGAUGGAGGAAGGGGAUGGAAGGAACCGGAUCAAAUGGAGUGGAUGGCGAAAACAGGGCGAAAUGAGUGGCUGGCAGGGGGUGAUGGGGUUACCAGGGACGGCGACAGGGUUGAUAGGGCAGUGCACGAGGGGAAAGGCGAUCAUGGAUUCAAUGUAAGGGACAGGAAUGAUGGGGAUGCACAAGAGAAAACUCAAGAGAAUCGAGAAAGUGAGGAGAAUGAGGGGAACAUGAGGAAGAGAGCGAGGCAGAUGGAGGGAAAUGGCGACUGUGGAUCAGAGGGAGCAGCUGCGAGGACGGUGGGAGAUGGCAUGGUGGUGGGUGCGGAAGAGAGUCGAUUUGUCGACCCGGCUCAUCCCAAUGCUCGUGCUGCCUGUGCGUCCGCCCCUGGCGUAUACACCACUGCUGACGCCUCCCCUGCUGCUGCUGCUGCUGCUGUUGCUGCGGCUGCUUCUGCUGUGGUUGGAGAGGAGGAUGGAAACGGGAGAGGGGGACGUAGGAAGCGAAGUGGGGAAUCGAGGCAGAGGGGUGAGGAAGAGGGGUUGGCAACGGUGGUGGACGGUUCGGGGAGCAGAGGAAGGGAAGCCGCGGGCAGUGGAAGGGCCAGGACUGCAUCUGAUAGACGGGAUUGUGCUGGCCAUGGGGAGGGCACGGAGGGUGCUGCUGGUAAUCAUCCUGAUCCAAAUACUGCUGGUGGCGGUGCUGGUGAUGAUGGUGGUAACCGCAACGCCUGUAACACUCGUGGAGGCAGAGCAAGGAAUGGUGCAGGAGGGGGAGACGGAGCAGGGGGGGAUGGAGCAGGGGGGGAUGCGGCUUAUGGUGUUGCUGAGGAAUCCGGCAAUGAGGGGGAUCUAGCGUCCGCCAUUGAGAAUCUUAUCACCUCCACCUCUGGCAUGCAUGGCGAAAGGGUGUCUUCCACUCUUUACCCCGAAAAUGGCAGGAGCUUUCACAGCAGCAGCCAGGGGAGUCACAAGGGUGUCACGGAAACAGCGUUUGCCGAUCCAGCCGCCAAGAGAACUUCUCGGAAGGUUCCGCUUUCUCAGAUUAAGGGGCAGGCGCUUGUGCUAUCACAUCAGGUCCGGGGAAGGAGUGGGGUGGGGGGCGUGGGGAUGGGGUUUGGAGCUGGGUUGGGAGCGGUGCUGACAGGUAAGGUGCACGGUGGGAGCACAGAGCAGCAUGAGAGGCAGACCGGGGUUGCUCGCCCACAGGGAUGGGAUAAGGCCCGCAACAAGUUGACAGGAGGUGGAAGGGACUCUAUGGAAAUAGCAGACGAGGAGGUUUCAAGGAACGGUCUUAGUGGGGCAGGUGAGAGCGAGAUGGGAGGGAGGGAAGGUUCUGGGAUGGAUAGUGGUGGUAUGGAUCUGCUUCUUAUGACCCAGCCUGCUUCCGAGGUGGUUUCAUACUCCUGCCGUGACGGGCACAGGGAUGCGGUGAUAGCACAGGUGAAGGAGCAUGUGAGGAGAUUCAAGAGCAUCGGCGGAAGUGGUGGUGGUGUCUGUGGGAGUGCUUCUGGAGGGGGAGGAGCAGCAGGGGCGGGAGGGAGGGCGUGGAGAGAUGCGGCUGGAGUGUUGCCAUAUCUUCAGGGAUUGCUGCGAGCAGCAGAUGCCACUGCAGAGAUUGUUGUGGAGUCGCCAACUGAUUGA